AUGUCUCUCUCUCUAAUUUUUGCCUUCGUCUUCGAUCUCCUCCAUCCACUUCGUGUUUGUCUGUCUCUCUUGAUCUAUCUAUCUAUCUAUCUAUCUAUCUAUCUAUCUAUGUAUUUCCCAGUCUUUUCAUAUUUAUCUUUUCAUAUCUAUCUAUCUAUCUAUCUAUCUAUGUAUUUCCCAGUCUUUUCAUAUCUAUCUAUCUAUCUAUCUAUCUAUCUAUUCAUCCUAUCUAUCUAUCUCCCAGUUUUUUUAUAUCUAUCUAUCUAUCUAUCUAUCUAUCUUUUUUAUCUAUCUAUCUAUCUAUCUAUCUAUCUAUCCAUCUCUUUCUUCAUUCAUUCAUUCAUCUAUCUAUCUAUCUAUUUCAUAUCUAUCUAUCUAUCUAUCUAUCUAUUUCCCAGUUUUUUUUCAUAUAUCUAUCAUCUAUCUAUCUAUCUAUCUAUUUCCCCAUCUAUCUAUAUCUAUCUAUCUAUCUCCCAGUUUUUUUUUUUUAUAUCUAUCUAUCUAUCUAUCUAUUUCCCUGUCUUUCAUAUCUAUCUAUCUAUCUAUCUCCCAGUUUUUUUUUAUAUCUAUCUAUCUAUCUAUCUAUCUAUCUAUCUAUUUCCCAGUCUUCUUUUCAUAUCUAUCUAUCUCCCUAGUCUUUUCAUUUCUUUUCUUUCUUUCUUUCUUUCUUUCUUUUCUUUCUUUCUUUUUCUUUCUUUCUUUCUCAUUCUUUUUAUAUCUAUUUCGUUAUCUAUCUAUUUAUCUGAUCGUUCUGAAGCGAACAAUUCUUAUCAUUUUUUUCCCGAACAUUUCCCUCCUCCAUAUCUCUUUCCAGGUCUUUCAGUGUGUUGA